GUCGAACGCCUUUAUUUUGAAAACAAACCAGCCGUAUGUCGGUGCUUCCGUUCGGUGGCAGCAGUAUGGCUGCCUGAGAGACUCACAACCUGAAAGUAGACAGCAAGCGCCGUAUCAUGGGUCCAGUUCACGGCUGACACCGAGAUAAGAUGGAUAAUGUCAGGACGGACAGUUGUGCGUCUGAGGAAGAUACAUGUUGUGACUCAGAGGUGUUCUGUUUGAUGCGAGUCGGGAGAAAUUCAGACUGGCUGCGAUUGUUCGAAAACACAGAGGUCUCCGUCGGUCGAGGUGUGGAUGUAACUUACCAGCUGCUGUCUCUAAGUUGUCCCCUCAUGAUCUCUAGACUGCACUGCACUUUCAAGCAAAGAGAAGAUGGACAGUGGACAGUGACAGACAAGAAGAGUCUCAAUGGUGUGUGGGUGAAUGGAAAUCGUAUAAUUGCUGAUAACGCCCAUCAGCUCAAGCUUGGAGAUUCUAUUCAGCUUGGAGUUCCUGUAAAUGGAAACAAAAUGGAGUAUGACUACAUCCUCGUCCAGCGGCCGCUUAAAGACAUUAAACUCUACCUGGCAAAGGUGCAGAGAGAUGGUGCUAAAGGAGUCCACAUACCCAAGAAGCCCAAGAGGAAGCUGACUUUGGAAGAAGUUGAGCCAUCCACCUCAAACCCCAAACUGUACCGCUGCUCUUCUGCAGACAAGUCCUUUGCAAAGCCCUGCCCUCUGUCUCCCGUGAAACACCAACAGGGGCUCAGUCACACACAACCAGAGGAAACUAGACCCGGCAGAGAAGUCCAAGCGGUAGAGUGGCCCUCUGAGGGCACCAGCAUCCUGCAGAUGUACAGCCAAAACAUUCUGCUGUUGAGGGAGCAGGUGGAUGACACUCAGAGGCAGGUAGCCUCUCUAGAGGGAGAACCCCGACAGGCUGACCCGUUGAGAGAGGAGCAGGUCAGGGAGCUGCAGGGUCAGCUAGAGGUGAUCAGAGCCAAAAUGCACAGGAUGGAGACGUUAGAGAAGUCCUUCAGUGAAACUAAGAGACAGCUAGAGGAACAGAAAACACAGCAACAAGAGGAGUUAUUGAAAAAACAGCUGGAAGAGGACUUGCAAGAGGCAGUCAUCCUGAACUGUGCUCACAGUUUCUGCUGUUACUGCAUCAAGCAGUGGCGUAAAAAGAAAGACGAGUGCCCUAUCUGCCGACAGGUGAUUCAGUCUCAAACCCGCUGUCUGGCACUGGACAACUGCAUCGACAGCAUGGUGGAAAACCUGAGUCUGGACAUGAAGGCGUCGCGGCAGGCCCUCAUCCGUAAAAGGAAAGCAGCUGACACUGCAGAGAUGAUGAUCCACGGUGACAACAGGAGCAGUAGCAGCAACAUUGACAGCAUGGCGUCCAUAGAUCGCAACCUCAGCUCUGUGAUCUCUGUGGACUGCAUCCAUUUGGACUCUAGUUCUCCAAAUAGUGUUUACUCUGCUGAAAGCUUUGCAGAGUUUGAAGAUUAGCCCUUUUCUUCAGUGGACUUUGUGGUGUUGAGUUUUGCAUUUCUAUAUUAUUAUAUAAUAUUCUUGGAACAUUUAGGAUAUCGUACACAAAGUUUGCUCUCAUCAUGAGUCCAAUAACCAAAUUCAGCUGUGGUUUGUGUUUCUUUUUGUAAAAUUCUAAGCUGUUUUGUUAUUUUCGACAAUGGGAAUAAAGUUUCUUCCUAUGCAUUUUCACAGCAA